CGAUUUCACGGGAAAGAAGCUGAUGAAAUUCUUGUUGACGAGCGGAUCGGGAACACCGUUAUGAGAAACUUUCGCAGCAAAUCUUGAAGCUGAAGUGACAGGCUUCUAAUAACAAACACAUCUAUCUCUUUAUUGUCAGUUCAUGGUGACUCUCCGCCGAGCUGACGCUGCUGGUGGAGGCGGAAUGGUCCGACAGCCAGGAACGAUACUCGGACUCUUUAUCAGGUUGCACGGCGGACGAGUUGAGGGGAGCGUCACCCGGUGCUGGUGUUGUAUCGGAGAUGGAGGCGGAGGUAGAGGGUUUGGAGUCGCCCACCGUCACCAACACCAUCUAUAUAUAUACUCCUGAUUAUAUCGAGAAAUGCGACUCCCUUUCCAAGAUCUCCCGGCGGGCUAGUAUGGUCCACUCACUGAUUGCUUCCUAUGGAUUGCUGAAAUAUAUGAGGGUUGUCAAACCCCGAAUAGCUUCAAUGGAGGAAAUGGCAAUGUUCCAUACGGAUGCUUACCUGGAACACUUACAGAAAAUCAGUGAAGAUGGUGAUGAUGAUGACCCUGAAUCUGUAGAGUAUGGACUAGGUUAUGACUGCCCUGCAACAGAGGGAGUGUUUGAUUAUGCUGCAGCCGUAGCUGGAGCCACCCUUACAGCGGCUCAGUGCUUGAUGGACAAAAAAUAUCAAGUAGCAAUAAACUGGCCUGGGGGAUGGCAUCAUGCAAAAAAGGAUGAAGCAUCUGGGUUUUGUUAUCUGAAUGAUGCUGUGCUUGGCAUUCUAAAACUGCGAAAAAAGUUUGAUCGAGUUUUAUACAUAGAUAUGGACCUACAUCAUGGUGAUGGUGUCGAAGAUGCAUUCAGCUUUACAUCAAAAGUAAUGACUGUAUCUUUUCACAAGUAUUCCCCUGGAUUUUUCCCAGGGACAGGAGAUGUGACAGAUAUUGGAAUGGGGAAGGGAAGAUAUUACACUGUUAAUGUCCCAUUGCAAGAUGGCAUUCAAGAUAACCGGUACUACCAUAUAUGUGAAAGUGUCUUGAAAGAGGUUUAUGUUUCAUUUAACCCUGAAGCUGUAGUCUGUCAGCUAGGAGCAGACACUAUGGCCGGGGACCCUAUGUGCUCCUUUAAUAUGACACCAGUAGGAGUGGGAAAGUGCCUGCGUUACAUACUGAACUGGGAGUUGCCAACUCUGAUCUUAGGAGGAGGAGGCUAUAACCAUGCUAAUACAGCCCGGUGCUGGACAUACCUCACUGCUAUUAUCCUCGGAAAAACUCUGUCUUCAGAAAUUCCUGAUCAUGAGUAUUUUACAGAGUAUGGGCCUGAUUAUGUACUAGAAAUCACACAAAGCUGCAGAACUGAUCAGAAUGAUCCCCAGCGGAUUGAACAGUUACUCGAUACCAUCCGAGGAAAUCUGAAGAAUGUAAUUUAAUAUUUGAAUGGGAAUGAGCGGAAGGCUGCAAAAUCUUUGAACUGCGUGCAGUCUGAGCCUGUUGUAGCUGCAGGGGAGACAUGGGUCAAAAUUACUUGCAAGUUCCAGGACAACAGAUGCUCAUUGAAACUUGAAGAUCCAGUUAACACUUUAAGGGGAAAAGACUAUUCAAUAUUCCAAAAUUGUCAUAUCUUGUUGUGUUUGCUUAUUUUGUUAACCUCAUGUUGUAAAUAUAUUUUUACUUGAUCUUAAUUGCUUCUUUGUAAUGUGACCUUCGGUGGAAUUGCAUUUUAAUUUUAAUUUCUGAUUGGCCAAGGAAUUUGUCAAUUACACUUUCAGGAAAUCAAUUAAUAUUUUAGGCUUAUUGUGAAAGCAUUUAUUUAAUCAAUUUCAUCUACUGUUGAAAAAUUGCAAAAAAACACCUUUUCAAAAUGUAAGAUAUCAAUUUAACAUCUUUAUGACAGUUUAUUGGCUAAAUUUUCAAUGGAGUUAAGAGUCUCAAACAAAGUUGGUAGCACAGAAAUAUACAAGGGAGACUCUCCCACUCAAGAAUUAAGUCUGGUUAGAAGAUGGUGUGCGGGGAGGGGGUCCCUGCUGUCCCAGGAAUGGACCACAAUACCUGGAGAAGGUGUAUGCUACAUAAAGCCAUUUGUUAGAACAGGAUCGGAAUGAAUUCCAUACAAGGAGUUAAAGUUGGACCUUUACUGUGUAUUCCACCUCCAUAAGUUGACCCUUCUUUCCUCAUUGUCUGACAACGGUGCCCCAGACAUUUAAAGAUGUCUCACAUCUUUGAACUUAAAACAGUCUCAAUAUGUCCUGUUUAAAUGUUACAUGGAUCUAGGUUUGAAAAAUGUUGCUGUUGUGCAGAAAUCUUGGACUAGAAUUCUACCAUCAUUGCUGUUAGCAAUUUGAUGUCCUCAAAUUAGUGAAAGUGUUUAUAAGCUUAACAUGUGGCGUGUCAGGACAAGAGUUAGAAAUUCCUAUGCUCUAGGAUAAAUGCCAGACCUCACUCUAAGACUCUUUUAAUAAAAAACAUAUCAGUAUUAUAAUUUAACCAUUAGAAAUUAUGACUAGUGUUUAAAAACUGUUGAUGAUAUGAGGGAAUUUGAUGGAAAAGUUAUGAUAAAAUAAUUACUGGGAACAAUAAGGUAGCUAACUAACAGGCUACUUUGGGCGAUACAAAGCAUGGAAGCUUUGCUAGAUGAGGCAGUUCAUUUAUAAUGUGGGAUGUAAAAUGGUAUAAUGUGAGCCAUUUUCAUAUUUCACCAAGGCAGGCUACUGUUGCGAAUGCCCAGUCUCCAAAUCCAAAACAAAACUGUCCAAGAUCUACUGAAACUAGCUGUCAGGGAGACCCAUUUUUUGUUUCUUCCCAAUAUGAGAUCUUGGGGAAUUCUCAUAAAUUGAAUUGCUGCAUGCAGUUUACAAGAUAUGUUAAUGGCAUUGAAAACUGGCUCCACUAAGUGGAUUUAAGUGUGACUUAAUAGCAACUAUGAUCACUGAGUACUGCCUGGCAAAUGUUUACUCAACCCAAGAACAUUAAGGAACCAAAAUUGCCUAAAGAGAUAUCAUUUUAACCACUAAGUGCUAGUUGUUUGCUGGUAUUGAUCUUAAUAAUUUGGGUGGGCUAUACUCCAUGGUGAGCACAGAGUUAAGAUAACACGGUAAUUAUUGUCCCACCUUCUGUUGAAGUAAAACAUCUUCAAACAUCAGUAAUGGUGAGUCUUCUAAUCAGUUUCGAAUCUUAAGCGUGUCGUCAACUCUCACCAUUUGAACAUUUUCAGAAAAAUGAUUUUUUCUGGAGUUGCGCUGAUGUACAGAUACACUCCACUUGUCUAAAAUGUUUCAUAUAAAUAGAGAUGACAACAGAAAAUACAAGCAAGUUGUUUUCGUUUGCACUUGCAUUAAAAAGUGUCUUGUCAAUUAAAAAUGUUUCUGUGCUUCUCACCGUUGGAAUGCAAUGACUAGUGAUUUUUAGGCAAGCAUGACAAUCUUCGAUAUACAGGUAUUAGAUGAUCAGUUUUUGCUAACAUUGCUUGAGGAAGGAAUUAGGAUGCAAUCAAGGUAACUGAGACAGAACUAAAACCAAAAGAGCAGUGAAUAAUUAAUUGCAACUCCAGUAGAGUUAAAGAUGGCUGUAGAGAGCUGAUAAGACAAUAAAUUAAAUGAGAAAGAAAAAUGAAAAAGAAAAUUAGACACAUCUCCGUUCUUAUUUUACUUACACCAUAAUUAUUCUGGUGACAUGACUGUGUUGGGAUUAACUCUUGUUGGGGAUUCAAUCCACCUUGGAACUAAUGGAAUUGGUUUUUGGACCCCAAUUCCUAAAUGUUCAUAAUUUUCUUCCCCUUUAAUACUCAAUGCAGGGAUCCCACUAAAUCAUUCCUAUGAAAUUCCUUAUUUAUUAAAGUGAGAAACAAUGCCUUGUGUAGCAUUGCCAUAGGUUAUGUGUAGAUGUUAAUGAAGCAAUUCAUUUUUAACAAUUCAUUCAAUUGCCAGCAUCAGCAUGUUUGUUUUACUUUUAUUUAAACCAAGUUCAAUUUAAAUGGGUCUUAAGCAUAAAGUUGUAAUUAUACCUCAGCCUUAGGAGUUUAGCAAUUUAUCAAUGUUAAGAGUUGAAAUCAAAUGGUAUUUUUUACAUUGUUCCUGUUACUGUUUCUCAUUUUUGCAGAUUUAUGGUAAUCAGAAAGUGUAGAAUAAAUAGUCAUUAAUAAAAUAAAUUAAA